GACUGAAAAUUUUCAUUUAAUUCCAUAAUUAAGAGAUAUUAAAUAAAAUAAAUACGCAGCAUGUCCACCAAGCAAAAUUCGAAGAAGUUCAAGUGGGCGCUGGACUUUAACGUGAGCAAAAAUGCUGAUAUUCCCUCGCCGCUGGGCUACAAUCCUUCUGCCCUGGUAAACCAAAGUGAGGUGGUUCGAGACCAGCGUCUGGUUAUUAAGAAAUCCUGGGACCUCGCCCUGGGACCUCUGAAGAACAUACCCAUGAACCUCUUCAUCAUGUACAUGUCCGGCAACUCGAUCUCCAUUUUCCCCAUCAUGAUGGUCGGCAUGAUGCUGAUUCGACCCAUCAAGGCCAUCUUUACCACACAGGUGACCUCGAAGAUGGCCGAGGGCGCGCAGGGAACUGGUCAGCGUAUUGUCUACUUCCUGGGCAACUUGGCCAACGUGGCUCUGGCCCUCUACAAGUGCCACAGCAUGGGACUGCUGCCCACCCACGCCUCUGACUGGUUGGCCUUUGUGCAGCCCCAAACGCGCCUGGAAUAUUACGGCGGAGGAGUCUCUUUCGUCUAGUUUUAUACAUGUAACAUCGCUUUAUUUGAUCAAAGAUAAAUUUGUUUAAACUAAAAA